CGCAGCUCCGCCUGCAGGCUGCCGCCCUCUGGCCACGGCGCCCAGCUUUCUGCCGCCACCGUCCCCGCCGCCACGGGCGCAUGCAGCGACGGCCCCAGGGACAAGGAUGGCCAGACUGCUUGUGGCCAUGAGCGCUCCUCGGUGCUCCUGGGGCUGAGGUUGGGCUGGCAGCCAUGGGGCUGGGCAGGCCCCAGGCCUGGUUGUUGGGCCUGCCCACAGCCGUGGUCUAUGGCUCCCUGGCCCUCUUCAUCUCUGUCCUGCACAACGUGUUCCUUCUUUACUACGUGGACACCUUUCUCUCAGUGUACAAGAUCAACAAAGCUGCCUUCUGGGUUGGAGAGACGGUGUUUCUUCUCUGGAACAGCCUCAACGACCCCCUCUUCGGCUGGCUGAGUGACCGUCAGUUCCUCAGCUCCCAGCCUCGGUCUGGCACCGGGCUCUCCUCGAGAGCCGUGGUGCUGGCACGGGUGCACGCACUGGGCUGGCAUGGGCCGCUGCUGGCACUCUCAUUUCUGGCAUUCUGGGUGCCCUGGGCCCCAGCAGGCCUGCAGUUCUUGCUGUGCCUGUGCCUCUAUGAUGGCUUCCUGACGCUCGUGGACCUGCACCAUCACGCAUUGCUGGCUGACCUGGCCCUCUCAGCCCACGACCGCACCCACCUCAACUUCUACUGCUCCCUCUUCAGUGCGGCUGGCUCCCUUUCUGUCUUUGCCUCCUAUGCCUUCUGGAACAAAGAGGACUUCUCUUCCUUCCGUGCCUUCUGCGUGGCCCUGGCCGCUGGCUCUGGGCUGGGCUUUGUGGGGGCCACACGGCUGCUGAGGCAGCGGGUUGAGGCGGCUGGCAGGGAGCCAGGGUGCCCAGCCCUGGCUGUGGAUGGCGGCCUGUGUGGAGAGGAGCUGCUCGUAGGCGGUGAAGAGGCAGGCAACAUCACCUUAGGCCAGUACCUCUGGCAGCUGGCACACCACCGGAACUUCCUGUGGUUCGUGGGCAUGGACCUGGUGCAGGUCUUUCACUGCCACUUCAACAGCAACUUCUUCCCCCUCUUCCUGGAGCAUCUGUUGUCAGACCACAUCUCCCUCUCCACGGGCUCCUUCCUGUUGGGCAUCUCGUAUGUCGCUCCCCAUCUCAACAACCUCUACUUCCUGCCCCUGUGCCGGCGCUGGGGGGCCUACGCCGUGGUGCGGGGGCUCUUCCUGCUCAAGCUGAGCCUGAGCCUGCUCAUGCUGUUGGCUGGCCCCGAUCGCCCUGGCCUGCUCUGCCUCUUCAUUGCCAGCAACCGUGUCUUCACUGAGGGCACCUGUAAGCUGUUGACCUUGGUGGUCACUGACCUGGUGGACGAGGACCUGGUGCUGAACCACCGCAAGCAGGCAGCCUCAGCGCUUCUCUUUGGCAUGGUGGCCCUGGUGACCAAGCCAGGCCAGACCUUCGCCCCACUUCUGGGCACCUGGCUGCUGUGCUUCUACACAGGUCAUGAUCUCUUCCAGCAGCCCCCACUGACCCCUGUGGGGAGUGCCCAGCCCUGGCCAGAGCCCCCGGCCCCACCUCCGGCACAGGCCCCGACGCUCCGCCAGGGCUGCUUCUACCUGCUGGUGCUGGUGCCCAUCACCUGUGCUCUGCUGCAGCUGUUCACCUGGUCUCAGUUCACGCUGCAUGGGAGACGCCUGCGCAUGGUCAAAGCCCAGCGCCAGAACCUGUCACAGGCUCAGACCCUGGAUGUUAAGACGGUGUGAGAGGUGUGGCAAGGCCACCCUGCUGAGGACACUGCCUGCAGCCCUGGGCAGGAGCCGCUUUUGCCAGCCCAGCGUCCUGCUCCUCUGCCUUGUUGGUGUGCUGCCUGGAUGACAGAUGGCAGAGUGGGAGCUCCUGGGACUGAGCCAGGAGCGUCACUGAGGUCUAAGUUCCUGCUUGGCUGUCUGGCCCAGCUUGGGCAAGGGCUGGGCCGUAUGUGCUCAGGAACCUGCUUCUUCCUAUGGGGCAGGAAGAAGAGGCCCAAGAAGGGGUGGGGCUGCCCUGUGGUCACAUGGGGUAGCUGUGGGGUGUGGAGGCUUAUCCCACUACAUGGCUGGGGCUGGCCCUCUGUGGGUUCAGGAACCAUUUCCACCUAGUCAGGGGAAGCUGACUAUAAGUCCCGCCCACCCCCUUCUGCCACCCUUACAGUGGUUUCUCUCAGAGUUCUCUGCUUCAGUUGUGCCUGAAGUAGCAUGCCCCACUGCUGCAGGGCUCCCCCACCCCG